AGACAAAGACCGCAUGCUAUGGUUGUUGGGAGAUUUUUGGAAUUCACGAUCUUAAAGUCAUAUGAUUCACAGCAAAUAUAGCAACAAAUAUCUCAAUUGGUAUUUUCCAAAGCCACGAAACGUGCAUUGAGUUCGGAGCGAUAUCUGAAGUGAAGAUUGAAGACGUGAUAGAAGAUGGACGACUACUGCUAUGCUAAGAUGGCGACGUCCGCUAAAAGAGAACAUGAAAGAGAAUCAGCGCCACCAACUUCCAGCAAAUCACCAACGGAGAUAAAGACGAAAGAUGAAGACGUCCAGCAGCUGAUCGGUUAUCCAGAAGAAGUUUCCCCUCAGUUAGGGGGGAGCUCCACUUUGAAGCAGGAGACUCCACAACCACCCUGCAUUAAAAAGGAAGAGGAGGAACUCUGCAUCACUCAGGAGGGAGAGUGUCUUCUAGGACGAGAGGAAGCUGAUUACACCAAGUUUCCACUGAGUAUUAUCUUUGUGAAGACUGAAGAUGAUGAAGAGAAACCACAAGUAGACAACCUCUUAGCUCCACUAUCAGAUAGUGAGGCUGAAGACGAGGUUGAAGUAACUUUGAGCAGCGAUAAAGACUGUGAAGGUGAUAUGAGGACUCACACUGACAACAAACACUCUGAAUGCUCUACAAAGAAGAGAGGUAAAACAUGUUUGAGCUGCUCAGUUUGUGCUGAAAGUUUUACUAAAAAGAGCCUUUUGACUGUACACAUGAGAACACACACAGGUGAAAAACCAUUUAAUUGUUCAGUUUGUGGCAAAAGCUUUCUUGUUAAGAGGAAUUUGACCCAACACAUGAGAACACACACAGGUGAAAAAGCAUUUAAUUGUUCAGUUUGUGGCAAAAGCUUUUCUCGAAAUAGCAUGUUGACUCAACACAUGAGAAUACACACAGGUGAAAAACCAUUUAAUUGUUCAGUUUGCUGCAAAAGCUUUUCUCGAAAUUGCCGUUUGACUGAACACAUGAGAACACACACAGGUGAAAAACCAUUUAAUUGUUCAGUUUGUGGCAAAAGCUUUACUCAAAAUAGCAUAUUGACUCUACACAUGAGAACACACACAGGUGAAAAAACAAUUAAUUGUUCUGUUUGUGGCAAAAUCUUUUCCCGAAAUUGCCAUUUGACUCAACACAUGAGAACACACACAGGUGAAAAACCAUUUCAUUGUUCUGUAUGUGGCAAAAUAUUUUCUCAGAAUUGCCAUUUGACUCAACACAUGAGAACACACACAGGUGAAAAACCAUUUAAUUGUUCAGUUUGUGGUAACAGCUUUUCUCAAAAUAGCAUUUUGACUCAACACAUGAGAACGCACAUAGGUGGGAAAAGAUUUAAUUGUUCAAUUUGUGGCAAAAGUUUUUCUCGAAAUUUCCGUUUGACUCAACACAUGAGAACACACACAGGUGAAAAAACAUUUCAUUGUUCUGUAUGUGGCAAAAUCUUUUCUCAAAAUAGCCAUUUGACUGAACACAUGAGAACACACACAGGUGAAAAACCAUUUAAGUGUUCCGUUUGUGGCAAAGGCUUUUCUCGAAAUUUCCGUUUGACUCAACACAUGAGAACACACACAGGUGAAAAACCAUAUAAUUGUUCAGUUUGUAGCAGAAGAUUUUCUAAUAAAAACAAAUUGACUCAACACAUGAGAACACACACUGGACUAAGACCAUUGAAUUGUUCAGUUUGUGGUAAAAGCUUUCCUCAUAACGGCUCUUUGUGGCGACACAUGAGAACACACACAGGAGAAAAAACAUUUAGUUGUUCAGUGUGCUGUAAAAGGUUCCCACAUAAUGCAGCCGCAGUAAAACACACAAGAACACACAAGGGAAAAUAACCAAUUAGCUGUUUAGUUUGUGGUAUGUUGCUCAUAUGUGGCGACAUCCACCCUACCCAGGACCUCCUCACUGCAUCUUUCACAAAUAUCUGAGGUAUUCAUACAAACUUGGAUUAUUUGGAGCAUAAUCUUAUCUACUCAUGACCCCAUGUCUUCUCUGUAUCUGAAACCUUCCUGAACAGUAAGAUAGAUGAUGCUUCGAGUGCUUGGUUACUCCUUCUUCAGUCCAGGGACCUGGGGCCUCAUGUGUCAAGUUUGUGCACACUCAAAAACCUGCACUACACCCUUUUUCACUGCAAAGUUGAGAUAUAUCAAAACUGACGUUGACGCAUAAGUGAUGCUGGGUAACUGUUUGCAUAACAAACUGCCAACUUUUACUCCUCAGACUGAUUGAUGUGCAAAUCAGAGACAUAUGAACAAUUAACCCACAACACCCACAACCCAACCCCCACCUCCCUCGACAUUCGGUCAUAACCGGUUUGAGAUGAGUUUGCGAAUUGUAAAAUUCAGCUGCAUUUUUUAAUGAAAGAAACUGCUGUUCUAAAUGUAUCCACUGGAUGUCGCAAUAGCAAUUCUGUUAGGCAAGCAAAUAGUUUAUACCGGGGCGAGCAAGGAUACCAAGCAAGAGGUACACGGUAAAGCGGGCUGUGACUCCUCCCCCUCAAUACUACGUAAAACAGGAGUAAAAUAACCAAUCAGUAACCCCACUUAAAAUGCAGCUUUAUUCAUGCUUUAUUUUGUUUUUGUUCAAUCCUAGAUGGGCUGUGACUUAAAGUUUAAUUGCUUUGUAGAAACACUGAGAUUAAGCCUAAAUUCAUUGUGUUCUUCAAAGUGUUUUUGAAAAUGCACCAUUUUUUAUCCUCAGAAUUUCUAACUAACUUGAAGUGUUUUGUCAAGAGGAUUAUUUGUGAUGUGUACAUUUUCAGAAUGUGCUUGUCGAAGUAAAAUAAAGAAAACCAUCUGAAGUUGUCAUACUCGUAUUUUUAAGUUAUCAUGCCAUGAUUUUACCAGUCACGUCCACGUGGAAAUAGAUUUUCCUCCAUACGGCCCCUGAGCUAAAAUGAGUUUGACACCCCUACUGUAAUCUGACUCAUGUGAGCAGGUUACUGUAUACACACAUUUUGUUAUAAGUUAUAAAAAUGUGUUCAGUUCUCAGAGACACAUCAAUGUCAGUGUAGCUGCUGACAGAAGCAACAUGUAUAUUUGAUAUAUAAUGUCAUAGUUGGUGAAAAUAAAUAAAUACAAUGCAUAAAGAUAAGUUCAUAUUGUACACAUAAUGUGAUUAAAA